AUGAAGUUCUCCACCGGUUUUUUCGUCUUUUAUUUGGCACGAGCUGAUCAUAUUGAGGAAGCAGAGGCUCUUGUAAAUUUUGAGAAUGAACUUGGAUGGGAAGAUGCCCUUUGGAACGUGACGAUGUUUAACGAUACAAGUUAUACAGAGAAUUUUCAAAAUGAAACAAUUUGGGAUGAAGAAAGAAGAAGGCCAGAUGAUGGGAGAUCUCCUCCAGGAGAAAUUGCCGUUCGGCGAAGAAUUCUUUGCGGUGGAAACGUAAAUGACACUGCUUACAUCACUUCUCCUGAAUUUGACUUAUCGAAUGCGAACAGCUUGUAUCCAAACUACAGACAUUGCGAGUGGCUGAUUCAGUUUCCCGAGUACGUCAAAUCCUUUACCAUCACCCCAACGCACUUCGAAAUCGAAGAUCAUCCUCUCUGUCUUUGGGACACGCUAUCUAUUUAUACGAGGAAAAAGUCCGAUGGAACGUACAACAAAACACCGCAUUAUUUCUACUGUGGAAGUAUGACUGAUUCAUUUGACUACUACGACGACUACGACAAUGGAAACAAGUACGCUCAAAUCGCUGGUGUAAGUUCCAGAGUGAUGAAUAAAGCGAUAACUAUUGAGGGGAACCAUGCUAAGAUCGACUUUAUCAGUGAUAGUCAAGUCGGCAAAAGAGCUCCGAUGAUGGUGAUGGAUUUUUACGUCCGAGGCCUACAUAUUGAGAAGCCAGAGCUUUGCCCGAAUGAUUUCUGGGAGCCAAACCACGACUAUACGGACUGCAUUCCUCAAGGCGUAGAAAUGCAAUGUGAUCCCGCGGAAGUGCAAUUCAAGGCGAAUGUAGCUCACUUGUACAAAAAUCUCGAUGAGAGCAAAUGGUCUAAUGUCAAGGUUAAUUUUGGGUCUUGCAUCGGAAACAUUUCCCCAGAUUCCAACGGCUGGAUUUCAGAAACUUUUUCUAGUACUGCGUGCAAUGGGGACUUGACCCAAGACUCUGUCUCUGGCCAAAUUGGAUUGAGUUGGAAGAUCAAGGGACAACUUUCUGCGAGCAGUGGUGAUCUUGUCGCGACACCUGACCUGAGUUUUGAUGUGAAAUGUCUCUACAACAACAAUCUUUCCAUAAACACCGGAGGAAUAAACGUCAACGGCGGUCUAGUGAUAAAAGAUUCGGUUAUUUCUCAAGGGGAUCUUUUGUCAAGAUUUUCUCUUGAAUCCUAUAGCGAUUACACAUACACAUUCAAGUCAAACGAGGUUCACAUCGGCCGCCCGAUCUAUUUUAGAGUCUCUACCGAUUUAAAUCUAAACAAACCAUUUUCUUUCCAAGUCACAGAAUGCUCUGCACAUCAGUAUAUCAUUCCAGGUCUUGGCAAGUCCUACACAGUUCUUAAAGACACGUGCUCUCCAGAUUCGAUGGUAAAAUUCGAUAAUUCCGACCUUAUCGGAGACUGGCAGGGGGAUACUGCUGACUUUAAAUUUAACAGCUUCGUCUUUUCAUUCGAAAAUCCCCAAAUCUAUCUCAAAUGUGGGGUCAAAAUUUGUCUUCAAAAUUCCGACGGUUCUUUUUUCCUGCCAAACUGCUUGACAAACUGUCAAUAA